CCGAGAUACUCCGUCCCAAAAUUAUUUUUAUUUUAUUUUACCCUUUUACACAAUUCAUAAUGAAUAAUCUUGAAAGAUCGGAAUCACUAUCAAAAGCAGGCCGUCAUCGUAUUUACACCAAUGAACAGCGUAAAGAUCGCAACCGGAAAGCACAGGCUGCUUUUAGAGACCGUCGUAACAACUAUACCAAGACUUUAGAAGAUGUUUUAUUAAAAUAUGAAGAUAAGAUUCAGGAUCUUGAAGAUUUACAUACCGCCUCCAUCCAACAAGUGAAAGUAACAGAAGAACGAUGUCAAUGGCUUGGUAACGAACUUGCCUCAGUACAAAAAUUAUUGCAGCUAGCUUUGGCAGAAAAUCAACGUCUCUUACAAAAUACCAUGGAAACUUUACCCGUCUCACCGCCUUCGUGCGCACCUGAUCUGCAUAUUACAACUUUCCUAUCUAAUUUAAAUGAACCGCAAGAUAUCUAUGGCAAAAGAUGGUUAGAAGAUUUAAAUCAUAAUACAGGCGAGUUCAUCAAAAACUAGAUAUAGAUAUGAACUUUCUGGUCCUAGAAACCUUCUUUUUUUUUUUUUGAAAACAACAGACCAAAAUCCUUGUCGAUAUGUGUUUACAGAUGAUGAACAAAAUGAUUUCAGUCUUGGUAUUCUGUAGUUUACACAAACGAGGAUUUUAAACACAACAUUUCGUGGUAAAUAGAUUUCCUAUUCCGUUCUCACAAUAAAAAUAUAAUGUUACGCUCGUACACUUUGUGUACUUACUUAUGUGCAUAAUAACAG